AGGUUAUAUGCAAAAGGUUUGAUGGAAAAGAUGAAUGGAAAUUGAUGGAAAAGAUGGCUUUCACAGAGGUUUGAAGCACUUCCACCAUAAAAGUUCAAAAGUUUCAGACUCACUAUUUUCUGGUAGAAUUCAACCACCUACCUGCAAAUUCACAUCACACAAUUAGUGUUAAUUGGGAAGUCUUGCACAGCAAACCUACUUCUCACAAAUAUUUGUUUUUUGUGCUAAGGAAAAUCAUUGGAAAAUGUACUGAAAAAUGUGGGAUAACACUUGAUUUGACAAUGUUCUAAACUGGUGGCACAAAAUUAGGAUGAAUGCUCAACAAAUAGGUUUUUUGGAAGCAGUCAUAUUUUUUAAUUUUCAACUGUUUGGUUCAGAUAGAGGUACUAUGGCAGAAUAUUAUUAUGCCCAACUGUUUUCAUAUUUCUGUUCAUCAUUCACAAGGAAUGCAUUUUAAAUUCUCAUAUACAGUGUAAUAGUGCUGGAUUGUUUGUUGCACAGAGCUGUACGUUGAAUUCAGUAGAUCUACAAUAUUCUAAUAGAGAAUGAUGAACACUAUCAACUGAUACAACUUGUCACAAUAAAAGAGAGAAAAUGGAACAGGAGAAAUCUUUUAAAUUGUUUGUACCACCAAUACUGAAUAAUACCCAAGUAUCUGCAGUCAAACCACAGACAAGCAAACGAGAUGGACGAUGUUUUCAGGAUUUUAGCAAGGGAACUGAAGAUGAUUAUAACUUGCCUUUUGGGAUGAAAAGUAUGUCAAAACAUAUAGAAGUCAUAGAACCUGUAAAACCUGUGCCUGAGCUAGAAAUGGAGAACAUGGAGACAAUGAAUGAGCUUUAUUCAAGGCUUUACAAAGAAGCUGAAAAGAUCAAGAGAUGGAAAGUCACUACAGAAUAUGAAUUAAAGGAAAAGGAAAGAAAAUUGCAAGAAAACAGAAAGAUUAUAGAAGCACUACGUAAAGCUAUUCAAGAGUUACAGUUUGAAAAUGAAAAACUAAGCUUAAAACUGGAAGAUGUAAUACAUGAAAAUAAAGAUCUUCUAAAAGAAAACAGUGCUACAAGACAUUUGUGCAAUUUGCUCAAAGAAAAGUGCAUGCAAUUGAUGGAGAAGUCUAACAAAUAUGAACAUGAACAAGAGGAAACCAGACAGAUGUAUGUGGAUCUUAAUAAUAACACGGAGAGAAUGAUACAUGCCUUUGAGGAACUUCGUGUACAAGCAGAAAACUCCAGAUUGGAGAUGGUUUUUAAAUUAAAAGAAGAAGCAGAAAAAAUAGGACAACUUGAAAAAGUCCACAAAAGAGAGAUGGAUGCAAUGGAAAAACAGGUGUCAGACUUGGCAGUGCAAAAUGGUGAAAAAGAUAAUAAAAUGAAAUACAUAAACCUACAGUUACAAGAAUCAAGAGAGUUCAUUGCUGAGUUAAAAGAAAUAAAAAAACAACAUGAUGAAGCGUUAAAAAAAGCACAGACUAAACAAAAUGACUUAUUGACUGAACUGGAAGAAACUAAAAGUUCUUUGCAAAAGGCAGAGAAUACUUGUAAGGGUUUAGAAACUGAGUUGCAAACUGCAGUAAAAACAUUAAUUCAAGUAACUGAACAAAAGGAAGCAACAAUAGAAGAAUUUAAAGAAUUUAAAGGAACAAGUGCAUCAGUUAUUGAUGAUCUCCAGGCUAAAAUUUCCAGUUUGAAGGAACUGCUAGAAAAAGAAGAAAUGAGACAGAAGGAACUCAGGGAUGAUUCAGAUAUAUUGGUUUUGGAACUCCAAAAGAAAUCAGCUGAAUUAGAAACAAUGGUCAAACUGAAAAAUGAUAAAGAAAAACAACUUGAAGAAAUGGAAAUAGCCUUGGAAAGUUCAAUCAAAGUUCAAAAAGAUUUGAAGAACCAGUUGGAGUAUGCACAGUCAGAAAAAAAUCAAUUAAUAAAGGAAAAGGAAUCUAGAACUGCUGAUGACUCUACUAUUCAGAAAAAAAUGCAUGACUUGGAAAUGGAGUUAUCUAGAGCAUUUGAAAAUAAACAAAAUUCCUUAGCGCAGCUUACAGCAGUGACAGCAGAGCUCGAAAAAGAAAAAUUAAAGAAUGAGCAACUAAGCCUGGAUUUGAGUAGACUUUUAUUGGACAAGGAAUGCAUUGCAACAGAGAAAAAUAAUAUAGUUAUUGAUUUUAAAAAGCUUCAAGGAGAUCUUAAGGACAAUAAAAAGAUUGGAGAAAAAGCUGAAAAGCAAAUACAAAACCUAAAAGAAACAAACUUCCAGUUAAGCAAUGAAUUAAAGUGCCUAAAAGAAGAGAUGAAAAAGAAAAAUGAAGAGGCAAAAAGCAAACUUGAUGAAAGUGAAGACAAUGUUCGAAACAUUGAAAAUGAAAUUUCUAAAAAGGAAAAGCAACUUAAAACAUUUGAAAGCAAGAUUAACAGUUUAAAGAAACAAAUUGAAACAAAAUCCAGGAAUAUUGAAGAAUUGCAGCAAGAUAACAAGGCUUUGCGAAAGAAAGUUGCAGCAGAGAGCAAGCAAUUAAGUAUUACGGAAGAAAAAGUGAAUAAAUUACAAUUAGAGUUGGAAAAUAUAAAGAAAUUGCAUAAAGAAACAACUGACAACUAUAAAAAUGAAAUAGAGAAGGCUAGAGAAGCAGAAGAAAAACUUUUUAAAGAGGCAGAGAGAAUGAAAUUCGUAGCUGAUGAAGCAGUAGCAAAGCAGAAAGAAAUCGACAUUCAAUGUCAGCACAAAAUAACUGAAAUGGUAGCACUUAUGGAAAAGCAUAAGCAUCAAUAUGAUAAGACAGUUGAAGAAAAAGAUGCAAUAUUAGAAUGCUAUAAGACAAAAGAACAAGAGGUAUCAUCAACAAUAGGAUCUUUGAAAAGUGAACUUUCCAAUAAGAAACAGGAACUCUCCUCCCUUCAGGAGCAACUUAAAAUAGAAAUGGAAGAGAAGGAAAAGCUAGCAAGAGAAGCAAAUAAAGGUGACAUUUCUAAAAAAGAAAAAAGGCAUCAGAAAACACAAACAUCCUUCAUGGAAACACCUAAAACCAAUAGCCUAGAUUCUCCAUCUCUUCAUUCCAAAAAGAAAAUAUCCCAAAAAUUUACACCUGCUAAUGUGAACAAGUUGGAAUACAAAGAAAAGUCUUCUUGGACACCUGCCAGGACUUACACUGUGAAAACACCUCCAAAAUCUAAAUUACUAAGAGAAAGCACCAGCCUACUUUCAGAAGAAGUAACAAAGAAAAAAAGAAAAGUUCUUUUAGAACUGGAUACUCAGUCAGAUACCUCUGAGAACGACCUCCUGAGCAUCGUUUCAGAGGAAGAAAUGUUUAAAAAGCUGUAUAAAGAUUAUCCACAAACUUCUUGCCUAUGUGUCAUGACACCAAAAAAGGUUCACAUGCCACCAACUUUGAAAACUCCUGGAUCUUCUGUUAAGGUUGCAGCUUUAAGAAAGAUGCGAGAUGCUGGAUGGACUGCAAUCUCCAAAGUGGAUAGAAAGAAAAAAAUGAAAGAAGCUGGAAAACUUUUUGCAUAAGUGAAACUUACUGUAAUGUUGAACUAAUUGUUUAGUUUAUCAUAUUUGAAUACUCUGCCUUCAUUUCAUUUUUGUUCCAGUAACUUUUUUU